ACUCCAUUGCAUUGAACUCCACAAUCUCAAAUGUGAAUGUGACCUUUCUUAAGAACAAAGGACAAACUAAGGUACCAUAGCCUAAAUAUUAUCAGACCACACCUAUUUUAAACAGUGGCAGGCUAUAUUAACUUCCAAUUUAGCUGAAGUCAGACCAUAUGAAUGUGAAAACUGAGCAACUAGGUUGCUGUGUCCGUGACCAUGCAGACCACUGCAAAAAGUGUGCUUUAUCGUGUCUAUGCAUUGCUACUUUUCAUGGCUUUUAGCCAUGGAAAGGAUCUCUUCAACGAUAACGGUAAUUUACAACUCCCAGACUCCUAUAACAUAGGCUGGAUGGAGGCCAUCAAGGAUGAUAAAUUCCUAUCCGACAUCACCAUCCCUGGUACCCAUGAUACCAUGGCUCUCUAUGGUGGUCCGUUGGCUGAGUGUCAGGCAUGGAAUCUGAAUGACCAGCUGAGAGCCGGCAUACGCUACCUGGACCUCCGCAUUUUUGCACUAGAAAACAAGCUCUAUAUUAUGCAUGGCGUUGUCUACCAGCACACUUCUUUCAUUGAUGUCCUUGACACAAUCAGAGCAUUUCUGUCAGAGUUCCCCAGUGAGAUGGUUCUCGUUAGAGUGAAGCCUGAUUUGUUUGAUAAAGACAAUGUUGAGAAGAUGGUAGAAAAAAUUGUUAGUAAUGACAAAAAUGUUUGGGUGAAGUCUGUAAUGCCAACCAUGGGUAAGGCUCGAGGAAAGAUAGUCUUUGUGCAGAAGUCCAGCUUUAAACUGGGUGUUCCUCUCCUGGAAACUGACACAAAGGGUGAUUAUGAAGUCACUCAUAUUGCAGACAAAGAAAAUACAAUUGAUAAGUGUUUGACCCAAGCAGCUGAAGACACAGGACGGGAUAAGAUUGUUCUCAGCUACUCCAGUGGCACUGGCGUUGGUACAUUCUGGGGCAUGUUUCUGACUCCCAAAAAAGUGUCUGAAAAGAUCGACCCCUGGUUGGAUCAGUACCUGAGGAGGUUCUUUAACGACCACCCAGGGUCAUGUUUAGGUGUUAUUGCAAUGGACUUCCCUGGUAUAGACCUCAUUCAAGAAGUCAUACAAUUUAAUAAGUGAUGGAACCUAGUCUGAUUUCUCUGAUUGCUUCAAGUAAUAUUUCUUAGCUUUAAGUGCAAUACAGAGUAUGGCUACAGCAUAAUCAUAAAAAUAAAGGAAAUUACCUAUUCUAUGACUGAUUAUUUUACAAUCAUCCAAGGGAUUGCAGAAGAAACACGUACUAAUGUACAGUAAAUACUUUGAGAAACAAAAAGUCAACGUCAUCAGACAAUACCUGUUAUUCCCUCCGAGUGGCAGGUUGCAGCACAUUUAUCAUGUUAUACCACACGGUUGUUUGACGUGUAACACAAAGGUGACUGAUUAUCAACAUUGAACCAACAGUGGGAGGUACUGCAGGGAAAUAAAUACCGAGCCCUUCCCAAUAAUCUUUUCAGGACACUUCCUUGUCCCAACAUUGAGACUACUACACGAUUUCAAGAAGUUCCUGUCGAAUAGUCAGUUUCGAGUUGUCAAGAUGUCAGUGACCAUAACCAAGGGUGAGGGGGUGACCGUGUUCACCGUGGCCUCUAACCCCAAAAGCGAUUGGCCAAUGGUGUUCCAGAUAUUCGGGACCCUGUGCUGCAGUCCAAUAUGCGCAUUGUCUCAAAGACUGAGAAAGCUCCAAGGCAGUUCUCUGUCAGUUCUGGGGGCUAUACAAAUCCUGGUAGGGAUUCUCAACCUAGGCCUUGGACCAAUCCUGUUAAACUCAACUGUUGGGACACUGUUGUAUUUGGGAGUUCCUUAUUGGCUUGGCGGUGUGUUCAUUGCUGUUGGCGUAAUGUGUGUUCUAGCUGAAAAGUUUCGAGUCCCUGUUUGGUGGGCAUCAAUGUUAUGAUAAAUCUGGGUGGUGCUGCACUUGCUAUUACUGGCAUUGUGUUGUACGCCAUAGACCUGGGAAAUGGUAAACUGUACUGGAUGUGCAACUCGGACAAUGACUACUGGUAUGGCGGCUUUAACACCCCGCGUCCAACCAGUGAGACAAAUAAUCAAUACUUGGAGAGAUGCUUGGAUGCCAAACAUAUUGCAGUGGUGCUUAUGAAUUCCUUGGAAAUCGUGAUGAUCGUCCUUGCUGUCCUUCAGUUAUGUGUCACCAUCAGCUCUGCAGUGCUGGGUAUGAAGGCCUUGCACAAGAACAUAAAGGAGCAGCACAAGAGCAAGACCGAAGACCCAGAGAAGUACAGUCCACUGCUGGAGGAUGUGACUGCCUAAACAAAGCCUUCAGUUUGACAGUAAUUGCUUAUCCUAACCAAAUCUUAUGCAAUACCUGAUUGUAGACACAUAGAUUUAAAUGUUUUACUUCUAUUACUGUUUUUUUCCCCUUGUGUAGCACAGGGGUCUUUAUGGUUGAAUGUGAGUUGGUUGCAAAACAACACUUUUUAGGCCAUUUAAAAAGUAUGUAUCUGCAAAACAGGUUGUGAAUGUGCUGCUUUAAUACACUGAGAACUGCUUUUCUACUUCACAUUUCCAGUUUACAUGAUUAAAGAAAACACCUUUAAUUUA